AUGACGACCGCGCAUAGGCCUACAUUCGAUCCCGCCAAGGGAAAGGAAGCCCUCCGCGGUCCAGCCUACCACACGCGCAACCUCCCCGCGCACACGACACUCAAGUUCCGCCAGGCUGCACAGGGCCUUGACGAUGAAGCCACGCCUGCCACCGAUCUUGCAGCCGAGCUCUUGGCCGCUGAGGCUGCGCACUUUGCAAAGAAGAAUGGAGGCGCUCUUCCCGAGCCUGAACACGAGGACGACGAUGCCGCAAGCUCUGUAGCAGGUCAUGCGGCGAAACGACGACAUUCAACUGCGCCGGCCGAUGGAGAAGAGGAGGAUUUCGAAACAAAGAGAAGGAGGAUAUUAGAAGAGUCGAGGGAGAUGGAUGCAGACGACACAGACUCCGACGAGGCCUCCGAUUCAGACUCGGACUCGGAUUCAGACGACGAAGACGCCGAGCUACAGCGUGAGCUCGAACGGGUCCGUCGCGAGCGCGAGGAGAAGAAGAAGCGCGAGGAGGAGCAGAGGGCCAAGGCAGAGCAAGAAGAGCGUGAGAGGGACAUUGCGGUGGGGAACCCUCUCUUGAACAAGCAGGAUUUCACGAUGAAGAGGCGAUGGGAUGACGACGUUGUCUUCAAGAACCAGGCACGAGGGACAGACGACAAGGGCAAGAAGGAGUUUGUCAACGACAUGAUUCGAUCGGACUUUCACAGGCGAUUCAUGAGCAAAUACGUCCGAUAG